UUCUCUCUUAUUACCAGUCCACACCCUUCUUUUCAGCACCCGUUUGUCGUUCGCCAAGGUCCCCUUGGCCAAUCAUUCAUUCUCGUGUUGCGGCAACGGGGAGUCCCUUUCGCGACGUCGCACCGCCAACCAACUUCCCCCUUAAAAAGCCAUCGACCACGACCACGACCUCCACACGACAAACCCACCAUGUUCAUUCUUCAUUCACUCUCUCUAUGCCUCCUCCUUCUCCUCGAUACUGCUUUGUACGUGUCUGCUACCGGUUAUUCUAUCGCCAACGACAUAGGAGACCGCAAUUUCUUUUCACGAGCAGUCCAUAGUGCGCACACAGUCGCUGCGCGGCAUUCCAAGGGCCUCGCCGAUGAUUUACGAGUGGCGUUGAGUGCAGUGUUGGUUCCACCACAGAAGAGACCCAUUGCUUCGGUGCUAUCGAGGCGAGAUCAGGCGCUCCUGGGAAAGAAUGUCGUCUAUUGUAAAUCGGGUGGGAGCAGUAGCGAGGCCGGAAGUGGUCAACAAGAUGGUCAUGGACACGGAACGAGUACAGGUACUGGUUCCGGUCGAAAUGGAGGACACGUUACCGAUUCUACGACGCGCAGUACCCGAACUGGUGGUGGUGGUGGUGGUGGUGGUGCCGGUGGACGUCCGACAACCACCAGUACUAGUACGACUGCUGCUGAUCCUACACGGACCCCAGUCUCGUCCCCCUUUCGAUUACUUUUGUCUUCUGCUGGAAACGACUUCUUCAAUGGUUGGAAUUUCUUUACAGGAGGCGAUCCUACCUCAGGCAUCGUGGACUACGUUGACGAAGGAACUGGACGCUCCAACGGACUAAUUGAAGUCAACUCGGCAGGAAAUGCAGUCAUGCGUGUAGAAACCACCCCAGAAGUGUCUGGCAAUAGAAAGAGCAUUCGAAUCACUACUCAGUUAGGGCUUGACAAGGGCCUUUGGAUAUUGGAUGCCGUUCAUAUGCCGUCUGGAUGCGGGACUUGGCCUGCCUUCUGGACAAACGGUCCAAGCUGGCCUUUUGAUGGCGAAUUUGACAUUCUAGAAGGCGUACACGACUACACCAAUAACCAAGCCACCCUCCACACAGGCCCUGGUUGCACUUUAUCGCCCACUACCGGUUUCGACGGAACAAUCGUCACCACGACCAAUUGUGAAGUGAACGGUCCCUCCAACCAAGGUUGUGGUAUACGCCAGUGUUGAGCAAGUCACUGGCGGACAGUAGCCGGCGUCAUGUGUAGCCGCCAAGCUACUGGCGGACACAUUGUGUAGCUGCUGUCACUCGGCUAUCAGGCCUGCUUAUCUGAGCUUGCCUCUCGUAUUGACCUGCAUAUAUGUAAUUACAGUCUAUUGGAAUAGAAUACGCUUUCGUGUCCUGCUCCCAACAGUAUUUACAGAACCGUCUCGGUUUGUAGCUUGCAAUAUGCUCAGUAUAAUUGCUCCGUUUGUGACUGGCUCCGUUGUCGAGAAUUCGAGUCCUGCCGCUGUUAUGAUCUGGAU